UCGGCUUGUUUACAAGUAAACCGGGUUUUUUCAUUUAUGAAAAAUUGUGAUGUGAUCUGUUUAUAAUUAUCGUGAAAUGAAUCAAAGUUUAUAAACAUUUAUUGGUCUAGCGUUUAAAUCCCAAAACUUAUACCGAGGCAAAUAAAUUAAAAAGAGUUCAGAGCGGAAAAAAUAAAGAAAUUAAGCACUAGAGAGAGAGAGAACGAGAACCAGUCUUGGUUUGAGAAGCGGAACCCUCCAACUGGUUUCCCUCCGACACCAACCAUUUAUCAGGUUCAGGUUCGAAGAGAAUAACAAGACAGAACUCAACCCCAACCAUUUCUCAUAUCAAACCUACCCGGAGUACGUCAAGAAACCUGACACCAUCAUUACUUGAGCUCAGUGUACAUGGAUACACUACACACCCUUCCAACCUCAACCCUCUCUGUAUCCUCCUAGCUGCUGGCUACAAGGAUACCGCAUAUUAUUCAACUGAAUUCUUCUACAAACGUUUAUGUUACUUCCUCCGACUAAAAAUAUCUAGCGCUCUCUCUCUCUCCCCUUGAUAAAUACCUUGUUGUCCCUAGCUGUCAAUUAGUAGACCUCCUCUCAAUCAUACACAGGAACACAGCAACAAAUUUAAACUAGGUUCCGACACUACUCGGAGUAGGAGCAACAAAACUAAACUAGGUUCCGAAACUUCUCAGAGUAGGAGCAACAAAACUAAACUAGGUUCCGACACUACUUAGAGUAGGAGCUACAAAACUAAGCUAGGUUCCGACACUACUUGGAGUAGGAGCAACAAAACUAAACUUGGUUCCGACACUACUCGGAGUAGGAGCAACAAAACUAAACUAGGUUCCAAAACUUCUCAGAGUAGGAGCAACAAAACUAAACUAGGUUCCGACACUACUUAGAGUAGGAGCUACAAAACUAAGCUAGGUUCCGACACUACUUUGAGUAGGAGCAACAAAACUAAACUAGGUUCCGACACUACUCGGAGUAGUAGCAACAAAAUAGACAAGGUUCCGACACUGCUUGGAGUAGGAGCAACAAAACUAAACUAGGUUCCGAAACUUCUCAGAGUAGGAGCAACAAAACUAAAAUAGGUUCCGACACUACUUAUUGUAGGAGCUACAAAACUAAGCUAGGUUCCGACACUACUUGGAGUAGGAGCAACAAAACUAAACUAGGUUCCGACACUACUCGGAAUAGGAGCAACAAAACUAAACUAGAUUCCGACACAACUCGGAGUAGUAGCAACAAAACUCAACUAGGUUCCGACACAAAUCGGAGAAGGGGCAACAAAACUUGUCUAGGUUCCGACACUAUUCGGAGUAGGAGCAACAAAACUAGACAAGGUUCUGACACAACUCGGAGUAGGAGCAACAAAACAAAAACUAAACUAGGUUCCGAUACUACUCGGAGUAGUAGCAACAAAACUAGACAAGGUUUCGACACAACUUGGAGUAGGAGCAACAAAACUAAAACUAAACUAGGUUCCAACACUACUCGGAGAUAAAUCAACAAACCAGACUAGGUUCCAACACAAAUCGGAGUAGGAGCAACAAAACUAAACCAGGUUGUGUCAGAGCAGAGAAAACUACAGAUUUCCUGCUCCACAGUUUUCUAGCUUUCUGGCUCUUAGCUCGACUCAGUUUAAGCCUAUAUGCUGGCCCAUCCCAGACAUAUGUGAACCAAUCAGAGGUAUGCUCUCUCUCCCUGCCGCCAAGACUGAACCAAUGAGAGGGGAGCGCAGGACGAUUUGGGUGGUGGCGGCGAGCUCAUGGCAGAUUGGCGCGGUACAUCGGGAUCCUCUCCUUCUCUUCCAGUCGUUCUAUACACCCAGAUACAGAAUCCGAUCCUGUCCCGCCAUACUAGUGAAAUCUUAGUGAAACAUAGUUUUCUAAACCUCGUCCUGGGUGUAAUAUAUUCGAGCAGGAGUACUUCAUAUCAGGGUUUAUAAUGAACAAAUAACGGUUAAACCUGGAGUAAAAAAUAAUUUUUGGUUAAACCUGAACCAUGAUGAAUAGAUGAAUUUAAGUAACUGACAUCAGAAUCUGAUAAUGAGGAGAUUCCAGGAUUGAUAUCCAGUAGGUUCAGUUUAACCCUAUUCUCCGUGUAUACCCUGAGCUUGAGCUUGAACCUCGUAUCCGUGGUGUAGGUGUAGAUGAGCAACUGGAGUGGGAGCUUGCUACCCUUCCCGCUCCAAACCCCGAACCUUCCCACAAUGGGAAUUCUUAAAACAGAAAUUAUAGAUAAUACUUGGGAAGGACGAACCACUUCUCCGUCCCUGGCCGGUUCAGUUGUUCAGAAGUUUCUUGAUGUCCCUGAGCUUGUUAAUCCAUCCUACCUUCCAUCCUCAAGACAACUUCUCCUACCACUACACACCAAAACAGAGAUGGAUGGUGGGGAGGAGAACGAGGGUCUAGCUCCGCUGUGUGCUGGGUGCAGGUUGAGGAUAACAGAUAAGUUCUAUCUGUGUGCAGUGGAAAGAAAGUGGCACUCUGCGUGUCUCAAGUGCGUCGAGUGCGGAAGUGAACUGGAGAACGAAGCGUCCUGCUUUGAGAGAGAAGGACACAUAUACUGUAGAGACGAUUAUCUCAAAUUGUAUGGUGGGUCACGGAACUGUGCCCGCUGUCGACAUGAGAUCAGUUCAACUGACCUAGUCAUGAAAGCCAGGCACUGCAUCUUUCACGUAGAGUGCUUUAGGUGUGCUACAUGUGAUGCUUCAUUAAGAAAAGGUGAUCUCUUCGGUAUGUGGGAGGAUGUUCUAUACUGUCGUCUUCAUUUCGAGAUGGUGGCAGCAACCUACGGUCCUCAUGGAGAACCCUUGGAUCUUCAUCCGUCCUUGCAGUCUCCAGCAGGGAGCCACGCCACCCUCUCUCCGGGGCAGGACUUCUCCGAGUCUGGUUUAGGAGACAUGUAUCCAGGGUUCGGUCCACCCCACCCCUCCAUGCUGGUCCCUCCUCCAGGGUUUCCGGGUCCCCCGGACCACUGGCCGUACGGACCAGGUCCAGAUUUUGGACAUAUGCCCGAGUACCAGUUUAAUAAUAACAAUGAACCAAUCAAGAAGAGAAGAGGACGGAAGAAAAGGAAGGUUGAUGAGUUUGCCGCUAUGAAUGGAUACAUGGAGGGAUAUCCCCAGGGUUUGGAUGGACAUGGAUUAGGACAGGCGAAGACAAAACGUGCUCGAACCUCGUUUAAACACCACCAGCUCAGGAUCAUGAAAGCUCACUUCCAGAUCAACCAGAACCCGGAUUCACGGGAACUCAAGAUGCUUUCACAAAAGACUGGGCUGGAUAAAAAAGUUCUUCAGGUCUGGUUUCAAAACGCUCGGGCCAAGUGGAGACGAAUGAACGCUCAGGGUGGCGGAGGACUGGACGGAGUUCUCCAAGGAGUAGAUGACGACCUCAAAUCUGAGGACGUAUCUCCGGAUGAGUGCGGACAGAAUAGUAUGAUAUCCUGCUGUUAGUCUCCUAGUCUAUACUUGAUCAACUUAAUCAAAACCGGCUGUUCUCUUGCCUCGUCAAGUGUUGUAACCAA